UGGGGAGGUGCUGCCAGCGUCGUAGAAGAUUUUAAAUUACAUGUGUGGAUCCCUAUUUCUAUUGGUGUAGUCCAAGGACCAGCAACAUCGGCAUCAUUUGGGAAUCUGUCAGAAAUGUAGAAUCACUGGUCCCACUCCAGACCUACUGAAUCAGAAUCUCAUUUUAAUAAGCGCUGCAGAUGAUUCAAAUACAUAAGGAAAUGUGGACCUUAACAGCCUCAUCCCACCCUCUCAUUUUGCAAGCAAGGGAAAAAAAUCAGCUCUGUAGCAGUGAUCAGUAUGUGAAUUUGAAGUCAUAAACCAUGGUUGACUCAUUUAUUCAUUCAAAAAGUUUAUGGUAUGCCUGCCAUAUGCCAGGAUCUCUGCUAGACUCUGGGGACAUGAUGGAAUCAUCCAUCCUGCCUGUGCUACUGGAUGAAUGGAAAACUGAUUUAAACAAAGUACUAACAAGGAAUUGUCCUUGAUUUUUGUACUUCGUAGCAUUCCUCAACAUUCUUUUUACAUUUUCUCUUACUGUAAAAACUGCAUUUAAGUUAGAAAAUGAAGCAAUUGAAAAGGAAAAGGAAAAGCAAUUUCAGUGUACAAGAAACUCAGACCCUUUUGAAAGAAAUUACAAAAAGGAAAGAAGUCAUUUUUUCCAAGCAGCUCAAUACAACAAUUAAUGUGAUGAAGCGAAUGGCUUGGGAGGAGAUUGCACAGUGUGUGAAUGCUGUAGGAGAAGAACAGAGAACAGGGACAGAAGUGAAAAGGAGGUACCUUGACUGGCGAGCACUUAUGAAGAGAAAGAGGAUGAAGGCGAACAUUAAGCUAGUUGGUUCGGGGUUUCCCCUUCCCACAUCCGAUUUAGAUGACUCUCUCACUGAAGAGAUAGAUGAAAAGAUUGGAUUCCGAAAUGAUACAAAUUUUGAUUGGCAAAAUGUGGCAGAUUUCAGGGAGGCAGGUGGAUCCUUAACUGAGGUCAAAGUGGAAGAGGAAGAAAGAGAUCCCCAGAGUCCUGAAUUUGAGAUUGAAGAGGAAGAAGAAAUGUUGUCAUCAGUCAUACCAGAUUCCAGGAGGGAAAGUGAAAUUCCUGAUUUCCCCCACAUUGAUGAGUUUUUUACUCUGAAUUCAACACCAUCUAGGUCUGCAUAUGAUGAGCCCCAUUUGCUUGUAAACAUAGAGAAACAGAAACUAGAAUUGGAAAAACGACGGCUCGAUAUUGAGGCUGAAAGACUGCAGGGAGAGAAGGAACGCCUACAGAUUGAGAAAGAGAGGCUGCGACAGUUAGACAUGGAGCAUGAGCGGCUUCAGCUGGAGAAGGAGCGGCUGCAGAUUGAAAGAGAGAAGUUGAGGUUACAGAUAGUCAACUCAGAGAAACCAUCUUUGGAAAAUGAACUUGGUCAAGGAGAAAAGUCCAUAUAUCAACCACAGGAUAUAGAAACAGAGAAGUUAAAACUUGAGAGAGAACGCUUGCAACUGGAAAAAGAUAGGCUGCAGUUUUUAAAAUUUGAAUCAGAGAAGCUGCAGAUUGAAAAGGAGCGCUUACAAGUAGAGAAAGAGAGACUACGAAUGCAGAAGGAAGGACACUUGCAGUGAUUUAUUUAGGUCUCCAUUUAUCAGUUGUUUGUAAACCAUAGGCUUAGAUAAUAUAAAAAUGGUUGCAGGAUUAGCUGUAUUAUUUUUUUUUCCUGUUUAAUAUUAGUGUUUUCAGUAGGAAAAAGAUAGUUAUUUGUGGGUAAUUAUAUGCUUAAGUAGUAUAUUGUAUAAAAACUAUGUGCCCUUGCAUAAACAGUAUAGCAAAAACUAUUGUGCUAUACUCUUUAAAUUAGUAAAGUUACAUAGAGUCUUGUCUAAUCUGUGCACUCAGAGUUUACAAUUAUGUCUGUAAAAUUC